AUGCGGCCGCAAGGGCGGAAGCUCGGUCUCAUUCCCGAAUGGCAGCAAAGGCGACCAGACCUAGGAGCGGACUUCAACCCGGAGUGGUAUAGCGGCACGAGCGUCGGCACGCCGGAUCCAAGGAAGCCACAUAGCCACGUGGCCUCCCACGAAGCCGUCAAGCGCAUAUCACGCCCCGAGCAGUGCCCUCAGCGACAGCAGCGCCCAGUCGCGCCCACAGCAGCGCCAACCGCACCGGACACGUGGUCACCAGCCACACAACGAGCGUCACCAGGAGCGCGCAACGAGCGGCCCCUCGCCCUCAGCAGCGUUCAGCGCUCAUCGGGUGGCGUCAGUGCACCACCAGCGGCACCCACCCACGUGCCCACCAGGAGCACGCACAGCGCGGCCACCGCGCCCUCAGCAGCGUCACCCGCGCCGCCAGCCGCGUUAUCAGCAGCGCAGACCCAGCAGCGUCCCGCGCCGUGCAGUGCCACCCACGUGGCCAUCAGGUGCCCACAGAGCGGCCACCUCGCCCUCCACAGCGGCCACCGCGCCUCGCGCCCAACGAACGCCUACCAUCGGCCACCCACCGCGCCACCAGCAGCGCCCUACGAGCGGCUUCCACCGAGCGCCAUCAAGCAGGGCGACAGCAGUGCCAACCGAGCGGCUUCCGCGCCCUCAGCAGCGUUCAGCGCCCAUCGAGCGGCGUUAGUGCCCAACAGGCGCCCUCAGCAGCGCCAACCGAGCGCCAAUCACCGAGCGCCAUCAGGAGCGCCAAUCAGCCGCGCCCUCAGCAGCGCCAACCGCGCCGGAUACGUGGUCACUAGCUACGAGCGCCACCAGGAGCGCGCAACGAGCGGCCACCGCGCCCUCAGCAACGUCCAUCGCGCCGCCAGCAGCGCCGUCCACGGGGCAACGGGAGCGCCACCCGCAACCACAUCGGUCAGCCACUGCCGCACGUUAGCAGCACCUGCCGUGCGCCCGCCGCAUCACGCCCCUGGUAGCGCCCAGCGCCCAGUCACGCCACUAGCGCUCACCGAGUGA